GGAUGUGGGGAGAAGUCGGGUCAUCACGCGGGUGGAAACACACGCCUUAGCAUCCCGACACAGCUUCUGGGCGCAGGGCUCAGGAUCGUUCGAUUGCAGUGAUGCUGUAGUCGAAGUGCGUCCACGACUGAAACGUCGUCACUGAUCAACACAGCCGGUCUUGCUGCACCCGACGCCGACCCGCCCUCCUACCGAGGUCUUCUCGGAUUGGGAGAGGUUAUGGAGCCUGACGAACACAUGGAAGAGGACGAUGGUUGGUUAGAGGACAACAGUCGGCCGGAGCACGACGAAAGUGAGCUGUUCGCCGGUGUAGGAGCCAAUUUCGAUACCGAGUAUGGGAUACAAGACAUCCCUGAACUCGGUUACGACGACAUCGACCAGAACACGAGUUUCUUGCCAGACCCCAGUGCAGCCUCGCGACACCGGCUCUGGCAAUUGGCAGAAGGAGAGCCGAGCUUUGACGACAUCCUUGGCCGAGCUGUGUACGACCUCGAUGGCGUUUUCGACCAGGCACCACGGCAAUACAACCUCGGCGCAUCCGACUCCGACUAUGUAAACUCCGUCUGCAACAGUUUCCAAGACGUUUGGCAGCCACCAGGCCCGUCGCAGACAGGCAGUACAGAUCCCACUCGACAGUCAUCAAACGGCGACGACAUAUGGUCAUCGACAACGCCUUUGACGGAAACGACUGCCGACAAUGCACGCCCGUUCGCUUGCGCGGUGGAUGGGUGUUCCGGCAGGUUCACAACAGCGACUGGCCUUGCAAGGCAUGUGCAGCGCUGCCAUCAGCGGCCCAAGGUUGAGUGUCCUGUCUGCGGAACUUUACUCUCACCCUCAGGGCACAUGGCGAAACAUUUGCGCACCCAUCAAGCACGCGAGGAGUGGAAGUUCAAUUGCGACCUCUGCGGGAGGAAGUGGCAGAGGAAAGAUCAGUUGAAGCGACACCGAAACAAUAGGGAGUGCGUUAAGGCUCGUCAGCGCAUCGCAUCGCUACCCUCCCCAAUCCCGGAGUCCUCUGAAAUGGCCGCUCGUCGACUUCAGCAGAGGACACGCGCGACACUGCUCCCCGCUGAUCGCACGACACCGGCGUCACAAGGCUCUGCAAGUUCCACAAAUUCGCAAGUCGAGGCAUCCAAAUCGGCAAGCGUUUCAGGGACUGGUCAGCCGCGAAGCGCUGCAGCGACUCAUCAUCCGACUCCGCGCUCUCCCGUACCUCCUCCAGGUAUGGGGCCUUUUGUCCCCCCUGCAGAUCUGCAACCAUUCCUUCUCCCUUCAAGCUGCGUGCCUUACGUUCUCCCCUCCGGCCUGGAACUUUUAUUUCCGUUUUCGAGCCCGAUUGAGCCCGGAAUUGCGCCGAACCCUUCGAACGAACACGCCUGGGUCGCAUUUCUUCCCUCCGUGGCAUCGUCGCCGCCGCCCGUACUAGAAGACUUACAGCUCCAUGCGCUCCAUGGUACAUUGACGAACAGUUAUCAUCAUCUAGGACCCGAAGCACAACCUUUCGCUCCUGAUCAGGAGGACGAAUGGCUCGAUCCGAGGCUACGUCGGCCUCCCCAAACUAACGAAGGAAGCUGUAUUCCGAACGCAAGGCCAACAUCGGCACGCAUGCGAUCAGAGCAACAACCUCCGGAACACUCGAAUGCCGCAGCUCCUCACGAAAGAGACGCUGCAUUAUGUCAUGUCACCGAAAACUCGUCGAACAAUCAGACGGGCUCUAGUGGACGGCCACGUUGGAAGGGAAAGGGCAGACAAUUUUGAUGACGACGGCAGGCAUCACGAAUUAUGAUUUUAUGGCUUUCCACACAAGAAGAAAGCCUUGCGUUGAACCAUCGGGACCAUGUCAGGCAGUCGGAAUUUGGCAUUCAUGUUUGGUGGGUUGUGCAGAGUCUGACGGAGCUUCGAUGUUGGUGGGUGUAUGUGCUACUCGCAUUUCUUUCGGCGUGGGAUUCUGGCAUUCGACGAUACCCACGUUUUCUUCGUUGAACAACCCUUUGUAUAGCUCAAUGAACAGUACAAACCCCUUCA